AUGACACUGGUUGGAAAAAAUUUGGACCCAAGGCCAAAUAUUGAUAUUGUUAGGGCAUUUUCUAAAUGCAAAUGGGCACUUAAAGGUCAAGUAGAGAUCACUGCUAUGUCCAAAGGGGCAUUGUCAAUGUCUUUCUCUUGUAAGGAAGACAUGUCAAGGGUGCUCUAUGAUGGCCCUUGGCUAAUCGAUAAAUCAACGCUAGCUUUGAAAAAAUGGUCGCCUAAGAUGGACUUAAAUGAAUCCUUUUUUGUUCAAGCUCCAGUCUGGGUUAGACUAUUGGGCCUUCCCUUAGAGUUCUGGGUGGAAGAUGUUUUUAAAGGAAUCGCUAGUUCUUUCAGUGAACUCCUUUCUAUGGAUCCUAACACAGUGGCUAGAAGAAGACUCACUUUCACCAGGAUCUAUGUGGGAGUUAUGCAAGGCACAGAUAUGCCCCUAUCCAUUAAGAUUAACUCUAGAUUGGGAAAAUGGAUCCAACCAUUAAAAUAUGAAAGUGUCCCUUUCGCUUGUUUUCAUUACAAAAAAUUGGGACAUACAACAAGGAAAUGCACUCUUCAGGCUGUCAAAGAGAAAGAAAAGAAAGAAAAUGCAAUGCAAUGGAAAGAAAAAAACCCUGUUAAGCAACCUAAGGGGUCUGAAAAAGAGAAAAGGAUCAAAGAGGCCCAGAGUGUCAUCAUCCCUGGCAUGGUAGAACAACGAGAGAAUGUUAAUGUGGAAAACCUAGAAAUACCUUUGCUUGAAGAGAAAAAGGAUCAAACAGGCAAAGACAAUAGAGAACAACAAGAUAUCAAUCAAGAGGAUCAAAGAAGUGAUAACUUGGAAGAUGGAGAAAUACAAGUGGUGUUACUAGAUAAGGAGGAAGAAGAUUCAAAUCACAUUACAGAUAACACCACCAGAAAUGUCCUUAGUAGCGACUAUGAAGAAGCCCAAAAGUGUUUGAUCCUUGGAGGAAUCUCAUUGUUGGGAUCACAACAAUCGGUGGAGAUGGUGAAAUCCACCUCCAGCAAUCACCAAUGA